CUAUUCCUCUGCAUACAAUCUAUCCAAGCCCGAUAUAGAUAAUUACACACCAUGCCCCCUUCUUACCUAUUCACCAUUCCAAUCCCCUCGACAAAUGGCUCGGUGACCUGCUCCAAUCCCACAGAUAACGACGAAGACAAGACUAUAUACAUUUUAACCUUCACCUCGCCCAAGGAUAACAGAUUGACCCCGACCUUCAUCGAUGCUCUGCUGCUGGCAUUGGAUAUCAUCGAGCAUCGCUACCCGAAGGGCGUCGUCGUGACAACCAGCGGCAUCGCCAAGUUCUACAGUAACGGUCUCGACUUGGAGCUUGCGUUGUCUACAGACGGAUUUCUCGACAAGUGGUUAUGGAGGCUGUAUAGGAGGUUCAUUACAUACCCCAUGCCCACUGUCGCCCUGGUAAAUGGUCAUGCCUUCGCUGGAGGCUUCAUGCUAGCCAUGUACCACGACUACCGCAUCCAGAACCCGUCAAAGGGCUUCUUCUGCGUCAAUGAACUCGAAUUCGGUGUCCCCUUGCAAACUCCCAUGAUGAGCAUCUUCCGCGAGAAGCUCCCUCGCGCAACUUUCCGUGAUGUCAUCCUCGAGGCCAAGCGCUUUUCGGGACAGGAGUCGUUGAAGGCUGGGAUCGCCGAUGCCUUGGGUGGACUGGACGAGACUCUAGCUUUCAUUCGGGAAAGGAAACUACAGGGGAAAGCAGCAACGGGGAUCUAUGGGACGAUAAAAGAGGAGAUGUACUGGGCGACUCUUCGAACACUGGACGAUACUGAAGCCAGUCUGCAGUGGAGAGAGCAGGUAGAGGAGAAGAAGGAAAGGGAGAGUGAGAUUUCAAGGAAGGCUGUUGAGGAGUGGGAAAAGAAGCAGAAGGCGAAAUUGUAA